GAAGCGUGCACGGGCCAUCAAGGAUCCCGAUGCAAGCCUUGCUUGUCAAGCGUCAUCGGUCUUAUCCCACGUGCUUCUAAAGAAAGUCGAUAUUUGGCUGUGCGAUCUUGUUCAUGACACCAAUUGCGUCGCAAUUAUAGCCAGGAAUGGCUUCAAAUCCACAGGAUGGGCAAUCGAUGCCCGGCGAUAAGACCCUGCAUGUCUGGUCGAAACCCAUAGAGCAAAACGAAGCUACUACAGUCAACGGCGAACAUGGAGCGACACCGACGAAUAAUAGGCCAACUAUUUCAGAGGCCGUUUCUAUGAUCAAGAAGGACGAUUUUACAAAUGUUGCAAAUACUCCUUGUGCUCGACAAGGUUUCAUCACAGGAAUAGCAUCUGGUGCCGGUAUUGGAGGAUUGAGGUUCGUCCUCAAAGGGAACCCCGGUAGCGCUGCGAACUGGGCUGUUGGAAUGUUUGUGCUUGGAAGCAUGGCAUCAUACGAAUGGUGCCAGUACCUACGCCGCGAGGAACGUCGACAAAUGAAACGACACAUUGAGGUGGUGUCAGAGAAUAGGAGAGAGCAAGCAAGAAAGAUCCAAGAGGCAAGACGUGAGCACGACAAGCUGGAGGCUGAAAAGAAGGCGGCAGUAAAGCCAUGGUACAAGGUCUGGUGACCAUCAGGUUGAGCACAUUGCACCUCCUAUGUACUAUUAUUUGUGUAAGGGUGUAUAUCUCGUGGAUUGGAUAUAGCUUGUAGAUAAAAUCCCAAUUGCAAAAAAAUGAACCUAGACGACAAGAGCAAGUAUAAAGAAGUGCUUCCGUGAAUUGGGCACCAAAUCGUAGUAGUGCUGUAUGAUCUUUUAAAGACCAGGGUAUAGAGCGGCUUGAUUAGGCCUUGGAUGUAUUCGCCAACGAUCCCUUCAAUUUUCACCAACCGUGAAUCCCCAUGAAAGAACCAUGAAAUUUCUUCGUGAUUGAUACGCCGCUUCCUCCAAGCCGCCAGAAUAAAAAAAAACGCCAAAGUAAUCGUUAGAAACAUCUAUAGCCGCUGCCAGCGUCCCAAUAAGCGUUGGCUUCGAGCCCAAUACGCGCCAAAUAAUAACUUUAUCCUGUAGUAAUCGCAAUGUUCGAAGCCUCCGUGUCUGUGAACCUGACCUUUCGCGGCGGUGACUGUUCCUCUGAUCGUCCAAACUUGACUCCCGAACCACGACCGCGUCGCUGACUGCGUCGUGCUCGUGCCUCGCUCUCUUCUCGUUUGCGAUACUCUGCCAUCUGCUGUCUCCGUCUCAUGGCGCGUGCAUGCGCAAGAGCUGGUGUGGGUUUGAAUCCGAUACCGUUGAUUCCAAUACCGUCGUCGUCCUCAUCAUCAGGGUCGUAGAUGGUGAUCUCAUCUUCAUGCCACGUCAACGCAGCUCUGACAGGGUCGACAAUCUGGACUUCUUCUUCGUCUGGGUCCUCAAAAGGCCGCCGAGAAGGGCGCUUCAUGCGGAGUGGUGGCGAACCCGUUCUCUUCUUGACUCUCGAUUUUGACUCGGAAAGCCUGUUGAUAGACGGGUAUGCAUGAUGCAGGCUCCCGUGGUUUAGCUUUUGUUGCCGGGGUUCUUCGUGUACGCGACCUUUGAAAGGUUGCAGUGGUUCUUUUGAUGGUAGGACAGACUUUCCGUCAAGAUCGACGACUUCUUGGACAGUUGGAGCUGCAUCUGCCCCGCUCAUAAUCUCAUCGGGUUUCUGUCGCUUCCUCAUCGACUUGUCCUCAUCCAUGAGAUUAUCGCUGUCUUCGUUGCUGACUGUUGCCCCGCCCCCACUUUCCAGUGCAAGACCACGGAACUUGUGGGCAAGGACCCUUGACCGUGAGCUAUCGCUGCCAUCUUCUGUGUCUGCUGGAGUUGGGACUGAAGAAGGGUGAAAGGAAGACGAUAGAGGCUCAUGCACAAAGGUGAAUUGUAUAGAAGAUGCCCAGGUUUCUUCUCCACGCUUGCGUUUCGGGGUGCUAGAGAUGUUUGCUGACGCGGUGGCCAUAGCCAUAGUUCAUUGUUUGAUAAUUCAGGACCAGGACGAGUCGAGCCGAGUCCAGAGCUGAGUAUUGUCGAAAAUAAGGUCGAUAGCUCGCUCUAGUUGGGAACGAUGCCUUGUCGAGGUACGUUGAAGGGAGGAUCCGCAGUUUGAGCUGAGUCGACGGCACCUGAACUAUCGGUUUUGGUUGCGCAAGCACCACUUGCUAUUUGUGACCUUCCGUCCGUACUUAACUUGCUUCACUAGUAAUAAACCGAAAAGGGAAGCGCGAGUGGCAGUGUGACUUGAGGGUAUAUUCCAAUUGGACCUUUUAUUUUGUGUUCCAAGAAUGAGAAUAAUAAGAAGAGUAUUGGAUUACUGUACUGCAUGACUACAAAUACAAAGCCAAGUAGGUAAGUAUGAGGUUCGUAAGAGCCUCGUGAUUAACCCGCAAAUUCAGCGUCACAUUCGGACUUUCGGGUCACGUUCGAUCUGGUUGGGCCAGCAUCAUAUCGUAGAUCUGCCGCUGAUCGCCAUGUCUCAGAUGUUUAGAGCAUGAUGAUAGAUACCUAGCAUGGCCAAAUUGAAUGAUAAUGAAAUAUGAAUAUGUACAGUUGUUAUCUAUAAGUUUGUACUAUGUAAAGACCCUUACGCCAAAGUUAUAUGAUGCCGGAUGCGGCGUAGUUUUAUAACCCCUCCAAAUCCAUACCCCAACGCCAUUAUUUCCCCAUGUCAAACCACCCCAACACCAUUAAUGCCAGAUCUCAGACCACCGUACCAUUCCGAUGUGGCUUUUGUGUAUCAGAUCUGGCAAUGCCGUGUUUUUUCCGCUGAUUCUGUUGCUCCUCGCUAAGCCUGGUGUGAAAAUGAAAUGUCCUAGAAGGAAUGCUCGUCAUGGAAAUUCGUGACGAAGAUAGAAUCAUGACCAAACCGGUUGGUCUGCUGAUAAUUAAGCAUAACAUGUCGAGUAUGUUGAGUUCUAUACAUUGUGGAUAGCCUAUACCAUGUUAGACGACAUACCGAAUACAGGCUUUGAUAUCCUCAUAACUUACGCGAAGCAUCUUUGCCCUAGCGCCAACGGUAUCAAUGCCCAGUUGCUGCAAAUCCUCGUCUUCUAGACAUGAAACUUGAGCUGUAGACAUUCCCAACAAGCAUCUUUCAUACUUGUGCAACCUCAAAGCUCGAAGCCAUUUGGCAGCCCAGCGAGGAUCUUGAGAGUUGUGUGGGAACACUGGCAUGAUCCAUUUCGGCUUUACAGGAGGCUGAAUGAUGAGUUCCUCUUGUUGCCUCCAUAAUUCUCGCUUGCGGUCUUUGAGUGCCUGAAUCAUUGGCUCAAUCUCUCGCAGACUUGGUAGUUCUGCGAUCGAGUGGAGGGCAGAUGACCGUUCACUAUCGUCCAAUACUGAGAACCAGGUUCUGAUUAUUCCCAUCUCGUCUCCAAUCUUGCCGGUAUCUCUUCUUGAGGAGGACACAUGAUGGUGGAAUGAAAGCGAAGCAGAGCUUGAAGUUGGUGAGCCCGAGUAUGAGCUCGAUAGACUAGAAGAAUAUGAAGACAUGAUGCUGAAGGCGUGCUGUGUAUAAUCCGUAAUCUUUAAACGAUGUUAAAUAUCAAAUAGAAGAAGAAAAAAUGAAAGUAAUAUCAGAGGAUAUUCCGCCUUCAAAUAUUACAGGUAACUUGUAAAGCGCUGACGAGGCUCUCGACAGUCUUGUAUGUGGUGGAUUGAUCUGUGGCGUGGUCGAUCUGACGGCGACCGGGGCCGCUUGGAAAUAA